AUGAAAAGAGUGGUGGUGGAUUUAAGAGCCAAGGAGUCGUACGCGGCGGGCCACGUUGAGGGGGCGUUUAGUUUCCCCUGGGAGGAUAUUCGGGUCGACUCGUGUGGAUUGCCGCCGCGCGACGUGGAACUCACAGCGAUCUGCGACGAUGCCAUUGAUUUGGAUCGAGUCGGGGAGUACUUGAAUCGGUUUCGCUUCGCGUCCUUGGAGGUGCGGCGGCUACGCGUCACCGAAACGCUUGUGCGGGAGGUGCCGCAGGGAAUGUGCUGGUCGCCAAACCCAUUUCUUUCCGAGGCGCUGCCGGGGAUCGAGGCGGCCAACGGCGGUCCCUCCUUCGCGCUGGACGUGGGCUCCGGAACGGGGAGGGACAUGGUUUACCUGGCGACCCGGGGGUGGAGCGUCGCCGGCAUUGAGAACAGAGCCCGGCUGAUUGAGCAGGGCGUCGCUCUGAGUAAAAAACACGGCGUGGGCGGGCGCGUGCUAUAUUUACACUGUGAUUUAAAGAAAAAGUUUCCUAUCAGAUCUGAAGGCCCAGAUCUCUUACACGUGUGCCGCUUUUUGCACCGGCCGUCCUUGAUGAUGCUGCUUCGGCUUCCCCGCCGCGGCGGUUUCCUCGUAUACAGCCACUUCUUGGACGGCUGUCAGGCAACCGACGCGGGGCACCCGUCAACGAUCAACGGUUUUUUUCUUCGAGGAGAGCUGCGCCAGGCGCUUUUGGGUGCUGGGUACUCCGUCCUCCUCGAACGGGAGACGGAGCUGCCUGACAAGCGGCCCUUUGUGCAUGUUCUCGCUCGGCGCGCGGUGUAG